AUGAAUCCUUUUUCCAUUGCCCGGUAUCAGCUGGGUACCUUGCCAUCAAGCGAAGUGGAAAGGAAGAUGAAAGCUUGUUCUGUAAAACCGAACUCCAUAACACGCUCUCCGUAGGGGGCGAACUUAGCUGCACUGCCAGAAAGCCAAAGGCUCAACUUGUGGGACACUAACGUGAGGGCGGUUGGCUGAAGCAAACGGUGCAGAAGAAGGAGAGGGGAAAACAACUUAAAAAUAUGUCUGCAACAUCCAGUUCUGUGUUUUUGAACAAAACUACAUUUUUUACGGAAAUCUACGAAAGAAUGGAAUCAAAUGAUGCCCAAAGGCAGAGCAGCGUACUUUUGUUUUGCGUGUCAUUUAUUAUCGUCUUACUAACUUUGGUGGGCAGCAUCUAUCAGUUAUUAUCUUUGCUGAGAAUUCGGACUAAAAGCUCUCUGUCUCUCAUCGUGGCUGCGCUGUCCAUCGAUGACCUUAUUAGUGUGGUGCCAGUAUCGGUUUUUAUGUUUAUGCAGUGGAAGGAGAAUCAUCAGACAAAUACACUGUGCACUUCAUCUGCACUUUUGUUCCUCUUCCAAGGAUUAUCUAGCAAUUUAAAGGCAGGUUUGAUUGCAGCGUACACUUUCUAUGUGACCAAAUUUUUCGGAGCUUUUCAAGCGGCCAGGCGGCCGCUUAGGAUCCUGUGGGCCGUCAUUGCGAUAUGGAUUAUUAGUCUUACUGUCAGCAUCUUACCUUUAUGUGGCUGGGGCUCAUUCACUCCAAAGUCCUGGGGUUGCUUCCCAGACAGCCUCAGUUCCUACGUUUUACUCAUUUUUGUUUUGUACGCCUUCAGCUUCUGCCUUGUGGCUAUUUUUUCAGUCCCUCUCUCAUAUCGGCUGCUGUGUUCGGACGACCAGCAGAAAGCCUUUGAUCCCAGUUAUUGUGAGAUGACCGGAGUUCCGACGUCUGAUGGGGUCACGCCGAUUAGCAAUGUGUCGAUUUUUUCUAGGGAAGACAGCACUGAAAAAAGUUUCAGGAAGGAGAAGGAGAUUUUCAGCCUUGAACCUGGACUGUUAAAGAGCAACAUCGAGAAUCAUGCACGUCCGGGGACAGAUGCCGCCAGGCUUCAAAGAAAUGAUCACAUCAUGACCAAGUCUCCUGUUUUCUUUGCACAAAAGAGAUUUGCCUUGAUUCUGUGCAUGGCCAGAAUAAUUUUAUGGAUGCCCAUGAUGAUACAGUUGCUGGUUGGUCAUGUCAUUCAUUUCAGCAGCUCCUCCUUCGAGACGCUGAGUUUUGUUCUGACUCUGCUGUCUGCGGCGGUCACGCCCGUGUUUGUUCUGUCUGAGCGUUGGAUCCACCUGCCCUGUGGCUGCUUUAUUAACUGCAAGAGGACAGCAUACACAAUGUCUCCAGACUCAGCUCGGGUGAAAAAGCGAGGAUUUCAGUUCAAUCUGUCAUUCCAGCAAGGGCAUGGGAUUUAUAAAAUAACUGAACCAAAUAAUUUCAGGGCUGAAAAAUGUCCGCCCUACUUUAAUCUUACGAACCAUAACUCAGAGAAGCAAAAAUCUUAUCAAAUCGAGGCCUGUCGACUGUCCAGACAAGGCAGCCUUGAAUUCAGAACCACGGCUUUGAAAGACAGCUCCUUACAGACAGACUUUCAGAAAAGUCUAACAGUGGAGGCGAAACCUGAACGCGUGAGAGAAAGGGCUGGUGGAUCUCACAGCUUUCACUUUAGCAUGACUGGAUCAUCAGUCAAAGAAGAAAACAGCCUGGAGGACUCUCCUGUAUUUGAGGGUCCAGACAGGAGAUUGUCCCACGAAGAGUGUCGAAAACUGGAACUCACAGACUGGGAAUGGUGUCGAAGUAAAUCGGAAAGAACUCCUCGACAGAGAUCCACUGGAGGAUUAGCUAUACCUCUUUGUGCAUUCCAAGGGACAGUAUCACUUCAUGCACCAACUGGCAAAACUUUGUCUCUUUCCACCUAUGAAGUCAGUAGUGAUGGACAGAAAAUUACUCCAACGGCUAAAAAAAUUGAGGUUUACCGUUCCAAGAGCGUGGGCCAUGAGCCAAACAUUGAUGAGACUCCAAAUGGCGCUAUGGACACAAACGUAAAAAUCCAUUUAGAAGUACUUGAAAUCUGCGACAAUGAAGAAGCCAUGGACACAGUGUCUAUAGUUAGUAAUAUAAGCCAAUCCUCAACCCACGCCAGAUCACCUUCUUUGCGUUAUUCUAGAAGAGAAAAUAGAUUUGUCUCCUGUGACUUGGGUGAAACUGCUUCAUAUUCUCUUUUUAUCCCCACAAACAAUCCUGAUACUGAUAUCAAUAUAUCAAUUCCUGACACUGUGGAGGCUCACAGACAGAACAGUAAAAAGCAGCACCGGGAUAAGUCUGGUUACCAAGAGGAAAUACAAUUACUUAAUGAGGCUUACAGAAAACAGGAAGAAGACUCGAAUAAAUACCAGCCGAAAAGCAUUCCUCCCAUUGAUGCCUACCCACUGAUGACGUCACUUCUGACUCUUUCUGAUGAUGUCAUAUCAUCCAGAACCCACCUACAGAAGACAUCAUUUCCUGUUGCGGUGCCCUGAUCCAUCCUCUUCCUGUUUCAGCCAAAUAUAUAACCCACUUUGACCCUGUUAGUUCAGUUCUGUUUUGAACUCUGUUCUGUAAAGAUGUGUUUGAUUUCUGCUUUGAUUUUUUCAGUAUACAGGGUGGCCAUCCCAAAAACCUGUUUAUGCAAAUUACCAAGAGUCAAAGCACACUGAGAAAAUCUGUGCAGACAUGUGGAGAUUCCACACAGACUUUGAACUAAGGUAACAUUAGUAACCCCUGCAUUAUACUUCUUAAUUCUUUUAUAUUUAAAUAUUUUAAUUUUAAAAUGUGCAUAUCACUUUUACAGCAGCAUCUGAGCUUUGAAAAUGAAGUAAGGGGAGAUGCAGGCAGUUAGCACAUCAAAGACAAGUUUCUAAAGAACGGCUAGCAGUAUUCUGCAGUGAAACUUCAGACUGCUGAGUAGAUACCAACCAAUGCUGAAGAAAAAAGAUAGAGUAUAACAAAAUCCUUUUGCGCAACAUAUAUAACAGAAAUUUAGUCAGAACUAACACUUUGAAACUAUCUAGGAAAUAAAAUUGCUCAAAUGUGUA